GAAUCUGUUAGAGUCGUCGUAGGACGUGCUGUCGUCACUUCCCACCCUCAUAUAGUCUUGCGGAACUCCAUUGUGUCACCAUCUCUGUGAACAUAGUCGACGGCGCGCGUUCUUCUUUUGUAGUGCAGCUUACUUCUUGACUGUCUUUUAAUUGAACAGACGAAUAAAUUCAAUAUUAGUAAGUGUGAUAAUUUAGAAAUGAAGGAUCAGUUUGAGAAGCCUGCAUCGCUAGUGAACGGCAAUGGGUCGUGUCCGCAGCACGAGGUGGUGCUGACGGGCCUGUCCGGCCGCCUGCCCGAGUCCGACUCCAUCGAGGAGUUCGCCAGCAACCUGCUGCAGGGGGUCGACAUGGUCACUGCUGAUGAUCGCCGGUGGCCUAAAGGACUCCACGGGCUGCCAGAACGCAAUGGAAAGUUGAAGGAUUUGGCACACUUUGACGCGACGUUCUUCGGCGUGCACGCGAAGCAAGCGCACCUCAUGGACCCGCAGCUGCGUCUUCUGCUGGAGCUGACACACGAGGCCAUUGUCGACGCCGGCUUCAAUCCGCAAGAAUUGCGCGGCUCACGCACCGGCGUCUUCGUCGGCGUGUCCAACUCUGAGACUGAUGAAAUGUGGACGCAUGACCCGGAUAAAAUAAAUGGCUACUCCCUCACUGGCUGCUGCCGCGCCAUGUUCCCCAACCGCAUCUCUUACACUUUUGACUUCAAAGGGCCAUCGUACGCCAUCGAUACUGCUUGUUCGAGUUCAAUGUUUGCGCUAUCACAGGCGGUAACCUCUAUGCGUGCAGGACACUGCGAUGCAGCUAUAGUCGCUGGAGCUAACUUGUGUCUCAAACCUGGCACUUCACUCAACUUCCAUCGCUUGAGCAUGUUGUCUCCUGAAGGUCGAUGUGCGGCAUUCGAUGCUGAGGGGCGCGGAUAUGUGAGGUCAGAAGCCACAGUAGCAGUGCUGCUACAAAAGCGGGCGGACGCGCGGAGAGUAUACGCCACAGUCAGAGGCGCGCGGAUGAAUACAGAUGGCUACAAAGAGAAUGGGAUCACGUUUCCUACCGGCGCAAUGCAGAAGCAGCUUGCAGAAGAGACGUUUGCUGAGGCAUGUUUAAAACCUCAAGACGUCGUAUAUGUCGAGGCUCAUGGUACGGGUACAAAGGUGGGUGAUCCGCAAGAAGUAAAUGCUAUCGCUGACUUGUUUUGCAAGGGUCGUGAGACUCCACUGCUGCUCGGCUCGGUGAAAUCAAACAUGGGCCACUCAGAACCAGCUUCGGGAUUGUGCGCUAUCGCCAAGGUUCUGAUAGCGAUGGAGCGCGGCGUCAUCCCUGGAAAUCUUCACUUCAACAACCCUAACAAAGAAAUUCCUGCUUUGAAUGAUGGAAGAAUUAAGGUGGUAGAGAGAAACACUCCUUGGAAUGGCGGGCUUGUCGCAGUAAACUCAUUUGGGUUUGGAGGAGCUAACGCCCACGUUAUCUUGGAGUCUGAGAAGAUGAAACCGAAGGUGAAGCACAGUGGAGAGUUGCCAAGGCUGGUGGUGGCGUCAGGCCGCACGGAACAAGCGGUUCAAGCCGUACUGAGGCACGCUGCUAUGCAUCACGACGAUGCAGAGUUACACGCUUUAAUAGAUGCCGUCCAUGCACAGAAUAUUCCUGGACACUCCUUUAGAGGAUAUUCCAUCCUUACUGAUAAACCCGUGGAGGAUAUCGUGGAGGCAGAAGGCAUCGGUGAGAAGCGUCCUAUUUGGUUCGUGUUCUCUGGUAUGGGAUCACAGUGGGCGGGCAUGGCGCGCGAUUUGAUGAGGAUCCCGACCUUCGCAGCCACUAUAGACUGCGCUGCCAAGGCGCUUCGACCUCAUAGCAUAGACCUCGUCAAUAUCCUAACGACGGCAAAUGAGGCUGCGUUCGACGAGGUCAUCAACUCAUUUGUGUCGAUUGCGUCAGUACAAGUGGCGCUAGUAAACAUAUUACGGGAAAUUGGAUUGCAUCCCGAUGGGAUUAUUGGCCAUUCUGUGGGAGAAUUAGGUUGUGCUUAUGCAGAUGAGACUCUGACAGUAGAACAAGUCGUGCUUGCGGCUUAUUGGCGAGGUCGCAGCAUUCAUGAUGCCAAGCUAGAACCAGGUGCUAUGGCAGCAGUUGGUCUUACGUGGGAACAGUGUGAAGAACGCUGUCCUCCAGAAAUCAUCCCAGCUUGUCAUAAUUCGUACGACAGUGUUACCGUAUCUGGUCCAGGAUCCGCCAUCGAAAAGUUUGUUGCUGCUUUAUCUUCAGAGGGCAUCUUUGCUCGCCGUGUCAACAGCAGCGGUGUAGCAUUCCACAGCAAGUACAUCGCAGCCGCGGCGCCCCUGCUGCGCAAACAUCUUGAGACAGUAAUCCCCGAUCCCAAACCACGCUCUAAGAGGUGGAUUUCCUCAUCUUUGCCAGAAAAUAAAUGGGACUCUGAUAUUGCGAAGCUGAGCGGACCAGAGUAUCACGUGAACAACUUGCUGUCGCCGGUGCGCUUCACGACAGCCAUGCGCGCGGUGCCCGAGCGCGCCGUGCUGGUGGAGGUGGCACCGCACGCGCUGCUGCAGGCCGUGCUGCGGCGCGCGCGCCCGGCGCCGGCGCUGCACGUGCCGCUCGUGCGCAGGGACGCGCCCGACGCGGCGCUGCAUCUGCUCGCGAGCAUUGGCAAGAUCUAUGCGGCGGGCGGGCAACCUCAAGUGGGUGAGUUAUAUGACCGCGUGCCUUUCCCCGUCUCCCGCGGGACGCCGGGUCUGGCAUCCCAUGUGCUGUGGGACCACUCUACUGAGUGGAGCGUGGCCAACUUCGGCAGCAGUCAGCGUACGGGAGAGAGCGUGUUUGAAUUCGAUCUCAACCGCGCCGAUGACGCCUUCCUCGCCGGACAUCAGAUUGAUGGUCGGAUACUGUUUCCAGCUACUGGCUAUAUUAUGCUUGUAUGGCGAACAAUAGCUAAAAUACAUAAUAAAAAAAUCGAGGAAACCCCGAUCAUUAUUGAAGAUGUAAACUUCAAGCGAGCUACCAUCAUUAAUAAGGAGACACCUGUGCGAUUUCUUGUCAAUAUUCUGGAUGGUACAGGUGAAUUUGACAUCUGCGAGGGUGGCAGCGUAGCCGUCACUGGAAAAGUGCGGAUCGCGGAAGACCCAGCUGAAGAAUGGCUAGACUCAGAGAUACCUAAAGCGUCUAAUGAACCUAGUCUCUUACCAUUGACAUCGCAAGAUAUUUACAAAGAGUUACGGCUUCGUGGAUACGACUACAAAGAUAUCUUCCGUGGUAUCAAGACUGCGAAUGCGCGUGGAACCGAAGGUGAAGUACUCUGGAAUGGAAACUGGAUUUCUUUCACUGAUACUCUACUACAGUUCCAUAUCAUAAGCAAGACAACACAUGAGCUACCGACGCGCAUUCAGCGCCUGCUCAUUGAUCCUUCAAAACAGCAGGCAGAAGUUGAUGCGGCAGUGGACCGCGGUACGUCAGCGUUAGUGGUACGUCGCUGCUUAUAUAGUGACGUUACCGUGUGUGGUGGAGUCGAGCUGCGCGGGGUAAAAACAAGUAUAGCUCCCCGUCGAGCCAAUCCCCAGGCACCACCGAAGUUAGAAAAAUACGUGUUUCUGCCGUACGAUAACGCGGUCAUAGAUGACAGAUGUUCGAAGCGAGACGCGUUGACUGUGAGCCUUCAGUUACUACUGGAGAAUGCUGGUACGCUGCGUCUGAAGCUGACUGAAGCAGCAUUGGAGAGACCCGCGGAGUCGCUGCUCGCGCCCCUGGUGAUGCAAGUCCUCGAAGCCGAGCCCCAAGUACGGGUAGAGGCAACCGUGGCUGCCGGGGCUAAUACAGCACCAUACAAUGCCACUCUGCAAGAAUAUGGAAUUAAGGUUACAUCAAAGAAUGGCUUCAAUACACCUGCAGAUACCGAAUGUCACUUGGUGAUAGCUGCCAAUGUACUGUCUCAAUAUGGCGCAAUCGUGCUUGGUAACCUAGUGGCUGCUCUUGGUUCCGAUGGCAUGUUACUCCUGGAGGAAGCUCAUAGAGUUUUGGAGGACCCUACAAAACUAGAAGUUUUAUCCCACGCUGGAGUCACGCUAGUGUCACGUCAGGUUACUGCCACUCACGAGUAUUUGAUUCUACGUCACAAGGUUCCACUUCCAAAAGAACAUAUUGUCAUCGAUAUCGGAGAAGACAGCGAAUACAAAUGGGUGGAGUCCCUUCGCUCGAGUAUGAAGCGCGCGGAGAGCGAAGACCUGCGUAUAUACUUGGUGUCACAUGACGUCACGAGCGGUGUGCUCGGACUUGGCACAUGUUUGCGAGGAGAGCCGGGCGGGCGCGCAGUGCGCGUGUAUCACCUGCCAGGGGCCGAGGAACAGUUUUCCAUAACUUCACCUAUCUAUAAGUCUCAGGUUUUCAAGGAUCUUGCGAGCAAUGUGCUUCACGGUAAUGUCUGGGGUAGCUACAGGCAUUUGCUGCUUAACGACACUGUUGAGGACAACGUACAGGUGGAACAUGCGUACGUGAACGCCCUGAUCCGCGGCGACCUGUCCUCGCUGCGCUGGAUCGAGAGCCCGCUGCGUUACGCGCGCGAGCAACGGUGGCGCGCUGACACCGAGCUGUGCCACGUGUACUACGCACCGCUCAACUUCCGCGACAUCAUGCUGGCCACGGGCAAGCUACCGCCUGAUGCGCUGCCCGGCAACCUCGCUGGACAGGAAUGUAUCCUGGGCCUGGAGUUCAGUGGUCGUUCUUCCUCCGGCAAGCGCGUGAUGGGAAUGGUGGCCGCACGCGGGCUGGCGACCACUGUGGCGGCGGACAAGGGCUUCUUGUGGGAGGUGCCGGCCAAAUGGACACUGGAAGAGGCUGCCACCGUGCCCGUCGCUUACGCCACGGCAUAUUACGCGUUAACAGUGCGCGGACGCAUGCAAAGCGGCGAUGCCGUGCUAAUACAUGCGGGAACUGGAGGAGUCGGCCAAGCAGCUAUUGCUAUCGCUUUACAUGCUGGUUGCACAGUUUUUACUACUGUCGGGACGAUCGACAAGAGGGCAUUCCUCCGGAAGCGUUUCCCGCAGCUAAAAGACGCCAAUAUCGGUAACUCUCGAGAUGUAUCGUUUGAACAAUUGGUAAUGCGACAAACUCGAGGCCGCGGAGUGGAUCUUGUUCUAAAUUCACUGGCUGGAGACAAACUUCUGGCUUCUGUCCGUUGUCUGGCUGAGGGCGGGCGAUUUCUAGAAAUCGGAAAAUUAGACCUCUCGGAAAAUACGUCCUUGGGAAUGUCAAUCUUCCUGAAAAACACGACAUUCCACGGCAUCCUCCUAGACGCGCUAUUCGAAGCCGACGGCGAUAGCCCCGAGAAGACCAAGGUGUGCCGCUGCCUGACCGCGGGACUCGCGUCCGGUGCCGUACGGCCGCUACCGGCCACCGUGUACGGCGACCAGCAGCUUGAGGCAGCUUUCAGGUUCAUGGCUACAGGCAAGCACAUCGGCAAAGUAUUGCUCCGAGUCCGUGAAGAGGAACCCGGAGCGCCAGCUGUGCCCGCCACCAAGCUGUUGGCCGCUAUUCCACGCACCUACUUCCAUCCCACCAAGAGCUUCAUCUUAGUCGGUGGUCUGGGUGGGUUCGGUCUGGAGCUGGGCUCGUGGCUGGUGAAGCGCGGCGCCACCAAGCUGCUGCUCAACUCCCGCGGCGGCGUGCGCACCGGCUACCAGUCCUGGUGCAUCAACAGAUGGCGCGAAAAAGGAGUAAUGGUGUCCGUGACGAACACAAACGGUACAACCGUGGAAGGCGCGAGACAGUUGCUGCGGGAGGCCUCAGCGCUGGGCCCCGUCGGCGGCGUCUUCAAUCUGGCUGCGGUUCUACGGGAUGCCUUCCUUGAGAACUUGACACCAGCUGAUUUCAAAGUCGUUGCACAACCUAAAGUUGAUGGUACUAAAGCCCUGGACAUUGCAACCAGAGAAUCGGCCCAAGAUCUCGAGUAUUUUGUUGCCUUUUCAUCGGUGUCGUGUGGGCGCGGGAACCCUGGACAGAGCAACUACGGGUAUGCAAACUCCGUCAUGGAACGCAUCUGCGAGCAGAGACGAGCUGAUGGUCUACCAGGGCUGGCUGUGCAGUGGGGCGCUAUCGGCGAGGUGGGUCUGAUCGUGGAGACGAUGCACGCCGACGCCGUAGUGGGCGGCACCGUGCCGCAGCGCGUGGCGUCCUGUAUGGAGGCGCUGGGCGCGCUGCUGGCAUGUCCGCAUGCAGUCGCGGCCUCCAUGGUCCUCGCGGACAAGAGGCCCGCCUCACAGCAACAGCAGCAGGAUGUGGUGCACGCUGUGGCUAAUAUUCUCGGUAUCAAGCACCCCAACAAGACUUCAGACUCUGCCAGUCUCGCUGAACUUGGCAUGGACUCGCUAAUGGGCGCUGAAAUCAAGCAGACUCUGGAAAGGAGCUAUGACCUAGUUCUCGGCGUGCAAGAGAUUCGAUCUUUAACAUUUUCUAAACUUCGGGCGUUGACUGGAGCGGAGGCGGGUGUUGUGCCUGCGACUGUCGUCAAAGAAAAGCCCUUGCAGAGGGUAGAAGAUCUCGUAAACCUGGCAGACAUGGCAGAGCUAAUGCCUAAACAGAUUUUAGUCAAGUUGCCCAGUGCCCUCUCCAACGGCGGCUCACCACCUGUGUUCAUGAUCCACCCGUUGGAAGGCGUAGUCGACCUCCUCCGACCAGUAGCGGAGGCGGUUCGCGGCGCAGUGUUCGGGCUACAGUGCACAGCGGAAGCUCCACUCGACAGCAUGGCUGCGCUGGCUCGCUUCUACAUUGAGCACAUACGUUCAGUUCAGCGCGACCCACCCUACAUGCUACUUGGCUACUCUUUCGGUGCUGUUGUAGCGUUCGAGAUGGCGUUACAGCUCGAAAAGGAGGGUUGCAAAUCCCAAGUAUUCAUGGUGGACGGGUCGCCCGCCUACCUGGCCAUGCACACCGCCCUCGGCACGAGCAAGUCGGCGCAGCGAACGAAAUCCAGCGACGAAUCUGAUGCGCUUGUGGUAUUCUUACGGCUCUUCAAGGAGGGAGACUUUUCCAAGUUAUCAGCGGAGUUGGAUAAACUUCCAAACUGGGAUGCGCGCAUGUCCCGCAUUCACAAGGAACUGAAUGGAAUGACGUCGCAUUCUCCCGACGAACUUGGCACUGCUGCUUGGUGCUUCUACCGCAAGCUGGUGAUCGCAGACACAUACAAACCCAGCGGGAAGAUAUCAGCGCCAGUCACGUUGUUCCGUGCUAGAGAUAACUAUGUGCUCACGUUAGGUGAGGACUACGGGCUGCGGGCAGUGUGCUCGGGCCCGCUGUCUCUGGUGGAACUCCCCGGGACGCACCGCUCGGUCGUGACGUCAUCGCCGGCGCGAACUAUCGCCGAGCACCUCACGGCGGCGCUCGGCGCGAAAUCUGCUGCGUGAACGAUUAGGCACGAUGACUUCGGACAAAGUGACGCUUUUCGUUUUCAAUUUUAUGUGGCAAUUGGCAGUGAUAAAUAAAAAUUAAGCAGGCAUAACACGUAAAAUUUAAAAACGAGUGUAUUUUACAGAAAUCGAGCUAGUUAAUUAAUCUAGUAUUUAUUUUUAAUUCAAAACUUUAUUGCACAAGUUACAAAAUUUAUGUACAAAAAGAUGUAGGUACAUACAUUUUCUUAUUUGUGGAGUGAACGUCAUUAUGGCAUGUUCUACCAGUCAACCAUUAGACCAAACAAAGUUAGCGAGGUGAUGCCAUAAAGUGCAUCUAAAAUAAUAAAAAAACAUAUUUAUAGGAGUAGUUUAGUAGAAAACAAAAGUAUGCACUGUAAGUUGUGGGAUACAAUUUGCCGUGCAUGUAAGAGGAAGUUCAUACAAGUGCAAGCGCAUCAUAUGAGCGUAUUGCGUUAGUAUAGAACGCCGCAUUUUUUUCUACAAAAACAUUUUUAUUUCGGGAUUUUUCUCAAAUGCAAAUAAUUUUCACGCUUAGUAUUUUGGCAAUGUAUAGAGAAAGAUGUUCUUAUAUACCUACCUAUUCUUUUUAUCAGGCUAUUGUUGUUCACUUAACUGCAUUAAUAUUAUUUAAUUUGAAACAGUGAAUGACAUCACAUAACAUUCGCCUAUAUUAUUAUAGAAAAUAAUGUAGUUGUAAUUUUAGCUAAGUAAUUUUUAUUUUUAAAAUAUUUAAUAGAAACAUAAGCUUGUUGUCAUCGACGAAUCAUCAGCGCGCUGUAAUUAAAUAUUUAUUCGAUAGUA